AAAUACACAACUGAAACCGACGGUUAACAUAUUAGUUUAUGCAAGUGCUUUGUCAGUGAAGGUCUAAGUGUAAUAACAAUAAAGCAGUGAAGUAAGCGAAAAUGUCGUUCCCUCGUGCCAAAAUUCAACGAUUUAAUGACACAACAAGUUGUGUACCACCACCAGGAAGCUAUGAUCCAAAGUUUGAUGCGAAGGUUAAGGGGGCAGUCAUUGAGAAGAGUGAGAGAUUUGUCGAACCAAAAUGCACCCCAGUGAGCAGUAUCUCAGUUGAGAGUCCAGCAAACUUGUCUCUGACUAGCAGCAGUAGCAAGACAGCAAGUGUCAAUUGCUUACCUGUGUUUCGAACUCCCCAACUGCCCAGAAGAAUAGCAAAACAUGGGAGCUCAGCUCCUCAAGCUAAAAUGAAACUAAAGUUCGAAGCAUCACAGAAGAAUGGAAGUUCAAUGAAAGAAGUAAACAUGGAGCUGUAUGAAGCUCUGCUUGUCGACCGUGAUAACAAAGAUGCAACAAUUCGUGAUAAUGAAGUUCACAUUGAUGAACUCUAUGAACAGAUCAGGAAGCUUGAAAAAGAAUUAGGUCAGUUGCAGUCAGAGAAAGAUGAGUUAAGUGAGAGACUUAAAAUAGGAUUUCAGGGAACAGACAGUGGAACAUCGGGGAACGUUGAACUUGAGAGCAGUGAAUUGAUUCAUGUGAAACAGGAGUUAGAAAAGACAUCUUCUGAUUUGCUUGAAGUCAAGGAGAAAUGUUUAGUGUUAGAAAAUACAGUUUGUGAGACUAGGACAUUGCUGGCAACUGUGGAACAAGACAAACAGAAUUUGUUGUUGAAAGUUAAUCAGCUUAAAGUUAAUGAAGAGGAAUCAAGGUGCAGGUAUGAAGCUGACAUCAAAGAGUUGGAUACCUUCUGUAAGAAGCUUGUGGAUGAGAUGGCAGGUAUGAAGGCUGCAGAGGAUAAGAAGGAGGAGGACUUUGAGGAGGAUGUUAAGAAGCUGAAAGAAGAACUGUCAAGUCUCAAUAGUGCAAACUCUGAUCUGGAUAGCAAACUGAGCCAGAAGCAGCAGAUGAUCCUGAUGCUUCAGAGUGAGCUGUCAUCUGCUGAACUGGAGCUUGAAGAAUGCAAAUCAGAGAAUGAGAAGAUGGUUGCUGAGUUCCGACUUGAGAAGACUGCCAUGACAGAAAAACAUGGAUGUGAUAUGGAGAAAAUGAGAAACCUUAUCAAAGAGUUGGAGAGACUUCUUUCUGAGGAACGUGAGGAGCGAAUGCAGGAAAUCCAAACCUUGGAAGAGAAUUUGCUGAAUGGCUCUGUUGUGCGAGAUAAUCUGGAGACAGUUAUUGCUGACAAACAGUCAGCCUUUUUAGCUCUGAAUGAUAAGUAUCUUGCAUUGGAAGCUGAAUUUGAGAGAUCUUGCAUGGAACAGAAGCUCGUGACUGAGGCUCAUAGGCUCGAAAUGGAUGACAUGGAACGUAAAUAUGAGGAAGAAUUAAUUGAAUUGAGGCAGAAAGAGAAAGAGGCAGAAAAGAGAAUAAAUUCCUUGACUGAUGACUAUCAUGCCUUGCAAGGUAAGUUUGAGAAAUCUUGCAUGGAACAGAAACUUAUGGCAGAGGCUCACAGGCGUGAAUUUGAUGACAUACAUCAUAAUUAUGAAGAACAAUUGAAUGAACUGAGGGGAGAAAAGAGAGAGGCAGAAAAGAAAAUAGAAUCGCUGGCUGAUACUUAUCGUACCUUAGAGGAUGAAUUUGAGAAAUUUUCUAUGGAACAGAAGCUUGUGGCAGAGGCUCAUAAGCGUGAACUGGAUGACAUGCAACAUAAAUAUGAGGAGGAAUUAAACGAAUUGAUUGGGAAAGAGAGAGAGGCAGAAAAGAAAACAGAAUCUCUGAUUGAUAAGUAUCAUGAUUUGGAAGCCAAGUUUGAGAAAUCCUGCAUGGAACAGAAACUCAUGACAGAGGCUCAUAGAUUCGAAAUUGACGACAUAAAUAAUAAACAUAACAGAGAACUGAAUGAGUUGAUGGUGGAAAAGAAAGAGGCAGAACUGAGAGUACAAGCCUUGACUGAGAGAUACCAUACACUAGAAACAGAGUUUGAGAAAUUCUGUAUGGAACACAAACAUAUGACAGAAUCUUACAGGCUUAAGAUGGAUGAAAUAAACAAUAAACAUGAAGAAGAACUAUACAAAAUGGGAGAAGAAAUUAAAGAUAAGGAGAGUGAAAUUGAAAAGAGAAUAAAAGAAAUAACAGAAAUUUCUAUGAAGGAAGUAGAAGAACGGGUCAAAGAAGUGAAAGCUGCAGCAGAAGUGAAUCUUAAGGAAGUGAAAAAUACUGCAGAGAAGAGAAUAAAAGAGUUUGAAGUGGAAGCCACAGGAAGGAUAACUGACUGUGAGACAAGGGUGGAAGUGAAAUUGAAAGAAGCGGAGCUUGAAAUGCAUCUAUACAUAGAGAAAGCAAUGAAAGCGGAAGAGGAUCUGCGACGGAUGACACACCAUCGUGAUGAAUUGAGAAUCUCAAAUAUCGAGAACCAACUGACAAUUGUUGACAUGCAGGACAAAAUUGAUACUCUUGUUACAGAACUGAAUAGUGCUAGAGAAUCUUACGAAACAGAUAUUGCCCAAGCACGAAAUGAAUACAAUAUAAUGAAGAAACAGUGCAAGAAAUUAAAAAUCGGAAUAAGUAACUUCCGAGCCUCACUCGAAGCUCUCCAGAUGAGGCUGUUGGAGAGUGAACAAUAUGCAGAGCAAUUGACGAAUACCACCCAACAAUUUGAUGCUCAGAAGAGAGCUCUUGAGGAACAAGUGAAAGUAUUAACUCAGGAGCUAGAAGCCAGGAAACAGAGCAUGAGUGAACUUGAAAGAGAUACUGUUCAACAGAUAGAAGAGACCCGUAGAGAUCUCAUCUGCAAGUUGGAAGAAUUUAAAGUAAAGGCAGAUAGAAACAUUGCUGCAAAAGAGGAGGAGAUUCUAGAACACAGGCAUAAAAGUGAGGAACUCUCAGCAAGAAUAUUUGAGUUAACUGAAACAUUGUCUGCUGUAGAAGAAACAAAUUCUGAACAUGAGCAUGAAAUAGAGGCACUUACUGAGAAGCUAGAUCAUCAGCGUGAUUGUGCCAAGAUUGCAACACAGCAGAUAACAACUUUGGAAGCUUCUAAUGCCAUCUACCAGCAUCAGGUCCAAACACUGACUGCUGAAUUGGAAUAUCAAAAGGAUUUCUCACAGAAAGCAUCCAGUCAUAUUACAGCACUUGCUGCUGCAAAGGCAAACCUGGAGAAAGCAAUCUGCGACCUUACUUCAGAAGUUGUGGCUGAAAGAGAGGUGUUGAAGCUUAAUAGUGAGAUUGAAGAACUUCCCACUCCCAUGAAGUACAACAUAGAGACACAUUCUGAUGUUCUGUCAUCAUUGAAAGAAAACCUAUAUCAGUACAAGGAAGAAAUAAAAUGUGCAAUUCAGAAGCUGAAAAGUGAUAUAAAAACACAAGAAUUUGAUAUCGAACAAAAAAAUAUUGAUUUGUGUAGAAAGAAGUGUGAAAUAAAAAGCGCUGCAGACAGGAUUGCAGAGAUGAUGUCUGAGAAUAUGAAGAAAAAUGAGAAGAUUGUUGAGCACAAUAAAAAAAUCGAAGAAUUAUGCUCAGAAAUAGGGGAACUAAAAACAUCUUUGCAAGAGAACUCAGUUUCUGAACUGAAGUUGAAAUUAGCAGAGAAGGAAGCACAUUGUCAGAGUUUACUGGAUAAAGCAAAAGAUUGGGAGGAACGCUGCAAGGAGAUGGAGUUGCUCAUUGGUCCAUUCAGGGAGCAGCUAGAAGCAUUUGAUGCAGAGCGACAAGCAUUAGAACUGCAAAAGGAAGCUGCGGAGGGUGAAAUGAGGGAAUUAGGCCUUCGUUAUGCUGAAAUCCUAGGACAUCAGAACCACAAACAGAAAAUCAAACAUGUGACUAAACUCAAGGAGCAGAUAUAUGAACUCAAAAAGGAAAAUGAGAAGCUUGAGAGUCAGGUGCGAUCCCAGAAGAGAGUAAUUGACAAGUUGAAGGAUGAACAGCGUUCUACAGCAGCUCGGAAACCUGUUCUUCAGGUGCUCAAUCCACCCAGCACAAAGGGCAAGGAAAAUGUUGAUCACAGUCCUGUUCGGAAAUCCCCCGUCAGCAGCCCAAAUGUGAAGUCACUUCGGAGAUAUCGUUGAGGUUCCUCAUUAUGCAUAUGAUUGUAUCAGAUUUUUCCUGUGUGUAGCUGAUUAAAUGAGCAUUAUAAUUGUUCAUUUAUUACCAUAUUAUAAAUAGUGAAGGUUUAGACUGAACUGUGUGUUACCUUUAAGUAGACUUUAAUUUAUUUUUGUGUAUGCAUUAGUUAAUAUCUUGCCUUAUUCAUAAUGCAUGUAUGCAGAGGUAGACCUGGGAAUUUUUGUGUCCAGGCCAUGUUGAAACAUCGGUGUUUCUCUCCCCCAGUUUAUUGGACCUAGAAACAAUACUCAGAAAGCUACUUUCAUUAAAUUUGUGUUUGUGGUUUCGGAUACAAAGUUGAGUUUAAAAUUUUUUAGGUAACCAGUCUAACAGAAUUAGUCCUUUCUUCCACACUUGAUGCAUUUCAUACAAAUAUUUAUCCCCCCCAGUCGCACGCGUACACAGACAUUUUCUGACUGACAACAUGGCCUUGUAUCUUAGCCCUUGGUAGCCGACUUUGUUACCCCACACUAGUUCCUCUUCUGCAUAUACAGCUUUAAUGUCAUGUCUGAUUAAAGUAACAUGUUUAUCUAAAUUCCAUGUUCGCUUUUUUCUAAAUAAUACUUUUGUACAUGUCCUAUAGGAUGAUUUGUACUUAGGAGUAUCUGCUUUAAGAAAACAAGAUGUUUUGUGACCAACAGGUCACCACUUUGGCACUUCUUAACAAGUGUCAUUUUCAUAUUAUAGCAUGACUGCUGCUUUAGAAUACACUGUGAAUGAUACUGUGUUCCAUGAAUUUUUGAUAAUUUGUAUUUUAUUACAUGAUAUAAAUUCAAGCUUUUGCUUUAUAUUGUUUUAAUAUUGUUUCAAUAUUUUGUAUGUUCUGUAUGGAAGUGAAUGGUGUUUGGAUAAAUAUGGUACAUGUGCAAAGAUGUCUUGGAUCAAGAAAAGAAAGCCUAUAGUAAUUUAUUUUAAUACGUAAUUUAUAUUUUUAUGGAUUGCUCAAACCGGAAUUUCUGUGUAGCAGCACCGACAAUUUGACCAUGAGCACAUUUAUCUUUUAAUUCUAUAAAAAAGACCUGUAAAUUUCAGUCUUACAGCUUGCAGAUGGCACUGCAGAAGAGUUGAAAAAGUUGCCUAUUUUUGGUACUAAUUUUUUUAAACUGUUUUGAUUGUUUGAAAAGCAAGGAUCCCAAAUGAUAUUCCAAUAUCUGUAGUUAUUUCCAAAGCACAUAUUUUAGUUCGUGUAUCGAGAACACAGUAAUUUGGCAUAAGAAAUUAUACUAAAACAAAUUAAUUGUAAAGAAUUUUUAUGGCCAUGUAAUACACUUAAGAUCAUUGGGUUUCUGUACUUUAGCCAUCAUCAUUGGGUUUGAGGUAAUUCCAAUUGCUUGGCCUCCAGCGACUGAGAUUAGAUCUUUGUAACAUGACCAAUUGAUAGGUGCCUUCCAACCUUUUCAUCUGAGGAUGGAGACAGAUCCAGUUUCUAAAAUGUGUUCUGUUAGCAGACAAUGGACAGAGUUCAGAAAUCAAAUAUUCCUGCAUAUAGCAGAAAUACUUAAAAAAUGUGAUAAGUGUCUAAAUGGUCUUAAAAUGACAUCUGUAUGUGACUCAUAGGUUGAAAGUGUCUGCUCAAGAUUAUAUACAUGCUGAUAUAAAAUGUGGCUUCAGUACCUGUUAGCUCAGGUUAAUAUUUUGGGUCUAACCCUUAUGGAAGAGAAUGAUUAAUUUCACUGCAAUACAGAAAGAGUACAAAGGUCAUGUCUUGAAAGUAAGCAAAUCUUUGUUGUAUUUGUAGCUCUUAUAUGCAUGGGGUUUCUUAUAGCUAACAGUAUAUACAGUUUUUAUUUGCAGGUCUUCAUGAUCUCAUUCUAAUUUUUGUACAUCUGAAAUGUGGCACACAAAGAACUACUGUACAGGUCUGGUUUCUGAAACUCAGUGGGAUGAGGUAUGGGGACUUAGAAAAACAAUUGCUUAUGUGACCGGUUACAAGAGCCAAUCAGCUACACAUUGGAUGUCCUUCCACUUUCCACAUUACCUUCACUGAAUUCCAUCUGUGGUUUUAGAGCUGGGACCCAAAUUGUAGGUAUCAGUACAAACUUGAUUUUUAUAUUUAUAUUGAAAGCCUUUAUAUUUGGGGGUCCCCCUUCCCAAGACUAUUGUAGGAUGUUCUAUAUAAUCUGAUUACUUCAGAUUGAUAGGUUUAAUUGUUAACCAUUACAUUGUGUCAGAGAAAUUUAAUUUGUUCCUUGGUAACAGCUAUAUAUGAUUUUCAAUGUUUCUCUUUGAGUCAGGGCUAUUGUGUACAUAAUGCAGGUACUGAAGGUGUUGUGUUCAAAGUUAUGGUGUUACCCUGGCAAGACUUCAUAUGAAGUUAAAUAGAAAGAUCUAUGUUGGGAAAUUUGUACCCACAAAGGGAUCUUGCUCGUACAAUUACUGACACUUAAUGUGAAACAGUAACAACUUAAAUGGUAUAGUUUUUUAUGCUGUCAUUCUAAUGGCAUCACUGUAAAGACAAUUGCUCAAUUUUAUAUCCUGAUGGUGGUUUUAAGAAUUAUUCUCCUUUAACAUAAAUAUUUUGUAGUAUCUGUGCUGUAUUGUUCAUCUGUAGUUUCUAUAGCCUAUUAAUAACAUUACAGAAAAGUUUAAAUACUUCUGUUUGAGCAAUACAGUCUCAACAUUACUGUUUAAACCCGCAUAAUGACUUUUAAUUGCUGAAAGUGGUUAGGUCGUUUUAUUGUAGCCCAUAUUUUUUAUUAUUCUGUUGCAAUUUAAUGUUUGUGUCACACUGAAGAAGCAAUGCUUCCUUUCCCUCUUAGGACCAAUGAUGUUUGCUUCUGUAUGAUUGGCGUAUUGGUGUCCGGUUCCUUGCUGAA